CCAGAAGUCUUAUUUUUUUCAGAAAUGAACAUUUUUUCUUCAAGCCCUUGAAAAGUUUGAAGUAGACUGUUCUCUGCCACUUUUUCAGCUAUCACUAUGGCUCCUUGCUUCAUCCUGAAGAGGAUCCUAAUGGUCCUAUUUACAGGUCUCACAAUGUCAGGCUCUCCAGUGAGAGGAGUGGUGGGUCAGAACAUCACUUUGCCCUGUAAAUACCGAGUUAAUCACCAAAAUGACAUCACAACAAUGUGCUGGGGCUGGGGCAGCUGUCCUUCUUCUUGGUGUUCUCAGACAAUUCUCUGGACAGAUGGACGGAGGGUAACAGAGCGUCAGUCCAGCAGAUACCGGUUAGAAGGAAAUUUCGCUCAGGGGGAUGUGUCCCUCACCAUAGUGAAUGCGGCAGAAGCAGACGGAGGGAUGUACUGUUGCCGUGUGGAGAUCCCUGGUUGGUUCAAUGAUCAGCUAAUCAAUCUGGAAGUUGUGAUUGAGAAAGUUGCUGCACGUGCCACCCAGACAUCCUCUUCUGUCACAUCAAGAUGGCUAUCAAUUUCCAGUCCAGAAGCCCCUUGGGCUGGUAUUUGCACAAUACAUGAAAGGUAGAGAAUUUGGCCAGGUCUGGGUUUAUUACUCUUGCUCCAAUCCAAUCUCCUUUUCUGGCACAGAACAUGGAGGGAUCUGAAGCACACUGGAAGCUGGGA